UCUCGUCGGGUUCACAGGAAGAACAGAGCAGCUGAGCCGAACACACCGAAGCAACAUGGACAUCCUGAAGUCGCUGGGACACCCGGAGGAGAUCUUCAACCUGUUUAAGUUCAAGAUGGGGGGAUGCAGGACCGUGAUGCCAAAGUUGGAUUAUGAGUCCAUGAGCGAGAGUCUGCGGACCUGCUACCUGUAUCUGAACCAGACCAGCCGGAGCUUCGCUGCUGUGAUUCAGGCGCUGGACGGAGAGCUCAGACACGCCGUUUGCAUCUUCUACCUGGUGCUGCGCGCGCUGGACACAGUGGAGGACGACAUGAGCAUCCCUCUGGACAAGAAGGUGCCGAUGCUGAACGACUUCCACACCUACCUGUACCAGGAUGAGUGGUGCUUCACCGAGAGCCAGGAGAAAGACCGGCAGGUUCUGGAGGACUUCCCCACGAUAUCACUGGAGUUCAGGAACCUCGCUCAGGAAUACAGAGACGUCAUCUCGGAUAUCUGCCACCGUAUGGGGGUGGGAAUGGCCGAAUUCCUGGAGAAGAAAGUGGGAUCCAUGAAGGAGUGGGACCAGUACUGUCACUACGUGGCCGGUCUGGUGGGCAUCGGGCUGUCUCAGCUCUUCUCUGCGUCCCAGCUGGAGGAUCCUGAAGUCGGGCGCGACACCGAGCUGGCAAACUCCAUGGGCUUGUUCCUGCAGAAGACCAACAUCAUCCGAGAUUAUCUGGAGGACACACAGGAUGGACGUGUCUUCUGGCCGCGGGAGGCUUGGAGCCAGUUUGCGGGUCGCCUCGAGGACUUCGCCCAGCCCGAGAAGCUGGAGUCGGCUCUGUCCUGCCUCAACCUGCUGGUCACCGAUGCUCUGCGGCACGUCCCGGACGUCAUCGCCUACCUGUCCCGCCUGCGCAACCAGAGCGUCUUCAACUUCUGUGCCAUUCCACAGGUGAACGCAGUGCUGACCUACUUCCAAACCACUGGCAUAGUUGGUUAG